AUGCGCAUACUAGCUGUAGUUGUGCUAUCAUGGCCGUGCACAGAGAAAGGUUAUGUUGCAAGAUAUGUAGCAGCUUUACGGGCUUAAGUAAAGGACAGCGGUUAUUUAAUUAAUUCAAGAUGAAUGACAUGAACCUGAGUCCUGUGGGCAUGGACCAGCUCAGUGUUCCCUCUGUGAGUGCCAGCCACCUGGGUCUGCCCACUUCGCCCACGCACAAUCCCAUUCCCACACCAGGGAUGCCUGUGGCCAUCCCCAGUUUGGGUCCGUCCAUUGGUUCCCUCCCCUCUGCUCUGUCUCUGAUGCUCCCCAUGGGUCCACUCAGUGACAGAGGAGUCAUGUGUGGCCUACCUGAGAGGAACUACUCCUUGCCGCCUCCCCCGUACCCCCACCUGGAGAGCAGUUACUUCCGACACAUACUGCCAGGUAUUUUGUCCUACCUGGCGGACCGUCCACCCCCGCAGUACAUUCAUCCCAGCAGCCUUAACAUGGAUGGGACCUUGUCGGUGGCCAGCAACAAUCCCUCAGGUCUGGACCCCUACAGUGGACCUGUGGGGCCCCUGGAGCAGGGCCUGGUGCCCAUGGACUCGAGACAGGUCAGCGGGCAGGGAGAGCUUCACCAGGCUGGCCCUCACGAGCUGGACUCAACAGGGUUAGCUAUGGAGUCACGUGUCAGCAGCCCCCUGUCCCCAGACCGGAUGGGGGAGGAGCUGGCAAACAUGGAUGGAGUCGGAGUGGUGGCAGUUUCCGAUGCUCAGCAGCAGCUUGCUGGAGGGAGGCAGCCUCAGGCUCACGAAGGUCUGACAGGAGUGGACUCUUCUGGAGGAGUGAUCCCCCUCCAUGGACCUUCAGUGCUGGAGCUACCGGUGGUCAUGGAACCUAAUCAUAUGGGAGGCAGGGUGGGAAACUCGGGAGGAGGAGGGGCGGGAGGGCUUGGGGAGCAGCUCCACUCAAAUGGAGAAAUGAGCUCCGGCGUUGUGAGUGUGGUGCUCACCGGCUCCUUGGCCAACCAGAGCCAGCUAUCCCAUUCAGAGUCAUCAGUGUCUCUGCAUGGACACUCAGGGAUGGGACUGGAGGCUGUAAAUGUGUCCCCCAUCACUGCUGACGUGUCUCUGGGACCAGAAAACAACCUGGUCCUGGUCAACUCCACCCUGCAACUGGAGGAAUCUGCUCCCAACAAGGAGAACAUGGUCUCUGCCUUCACCAUCUGGUGCACUUUGUGCGAGCGCUCAUAUACCUCAGACUGUCCAGAACACGGCCCAGUCACUUUUAUCCCCGACAUGCCCAUCCAAAGCAGAGCUCGCCUGUCUUUGCCACGUCCGCUGUGCCUUCGCAUCUCAGUGACUGAUGAGCCCCUCGGAGUUUUCGUGCGGGACGUUAUUCCUCCACGGACUUGCUUUGGACCAGUGGUGGGUCAGCACUGUAGCAAUGUGGAUCUUUCUGAUUGGCCAGAAAAAGACACACCUCAGAUAUGGAAGAUGUACCACAACAACGUUCUGGAGUUCUACAUUGUGACAACGGAUGAGAAUGAAUGCAAUUGGAUGAUGUUUGUCCGCAAGGCAAGGAGCCAUGAAGAGCAGAAUCUGGUGGCUUAUCCUGCAAACGGUAAACUGUUUUUUUGCACGACCACAGAGAUCCACCCAGACCAAGAGCUACUCUUCUAUUACAGCCGAGACUAUUGCAGGCUGAUGGGUGUUCCUCAAGUUCCUGAGGGCCAGAUCUGCCAGUGCGGAAAAGAGUGCUCAUCCUUCUCUGACCUCAAAUGUCACCUCAGCACCCACAGCCAGCCUCCACACAGGCACAGCCCAUCUCAUCAGGACCACAGUCAGCAGCAGCAGCAGCAAGAGCCGCAGCCACAGCAACAACACAUGCUCCCGGAAGAGAAGCUGACAAACGGAACCUCGAGCUCCUCCUCCUCUCCCUGGCCUUGUAACAGUCACACAGCAGGACAGACAAACGGCGACAAUAACAAUUGCAGCAGCAGCAGCGGUAGCAGGAACUCCAACAGUGCUGCCUCCAGAGCAAAAGGCCAGGGUAAUACACGGGUGAAGAAGUUCCAGUGUCACAUGUGUUCCCGAGCUUUUGUCACAUCCACGAGGCUCAAUGUUCACGUCAUGGGUCACGUGGGGGUGAAACCCCACAAGUGUGAAUACUGCAGCAAGGCCUUUAGUGAUCCCAGCAACCUGAGGAUGCACCUCAAGAUUCACACAGGUCAGAAAAACUACAAAUGCACUGUGUGUGAGAGGUUGUUCACACAGAAGUCUCAUGUGGCUUCACAUAUGCUCAUCCACACUGGUGCAGAGAAGCUAAAAUGCGACCUCUGUGACAGAACAUUCAUCAGGAAGAGUGACCUGAAGCAGCACAUGUUCUCUCACACCAAUGAACGACAGAUUCAGUGUCCAAAGUGCAACAAAAACUUCCUCAAAAUGAACCACCUGAAGAAGCACAUGAACUCUCACGAGGGCAAAAGAGACUUUGUCUGCGAGAAGUGCCACAAAGCUUUCCUAACGAAAUACCACCUCACACGUCACCUAAAAAUCUGUAAAGGUCCCAAAACAGAGAGAACAACUCGUAAAGAGCAGAACGUUAAUGAAGAGGAGGAGGAGGAAGAGGAGGAGGAAGAUGAAGAUGAUAGCAGAGAUGGAAGAAGUGCUGGAGAACGACUCCACCAGAUUGAUACAGCCAUCGAAGACGACUGUGGUUUGGAUGUUAGAGGUUACAACUCUGAGAAAUCUCUCUCACCUUCUCAUAGAUGACACUGAGCCUCUAGAAAUGUUUAAUUUAUUCACUACAAUAUCAUUAUUUUGCUCUUGUACCUAUUCAUUUUUUACUUUAACUAUGUAUAUGAGGUUGAAAAGUUCUGACUAGAUAUAGUCGAACUGUGCAAUAUCACCAAUCACAGUUUAGACUACUCACCCUUUUUGGAGUGUUUGGAGGGGAUGCUCUGGAGAGCGCUCCUUCCAGUGACUCCCUCGUUCUGCUGGGGGACUUAAACGCUCACGCGGGCAAUGACAGUGAGACCUGGAGGGGUGUGGUUGGGAUGAACAACCCUGAUCUAAAUUUGUGCAGUGUUUUGUUAUUGAACUUCUGUGCUCAUCAUGGAUUGUUCAUAAUGAACACCACGUUCAGGCAUAAAGGUGUCCAUACGUGCUUUUGGCACCAGGAUACCUAAGGCCGCAGCCUGAUCGAUAUCGUUUCACCUGAUCUGUGUCUGCAUGUUGUGGACACUUGGGUGAAGAGAGGGGCGGAGCUGUCAACUGACUACUACCAGGUGGUGAGUUGGCUUGAGUGGUGGGUCCUGAUACCAGUCAGACCUAGCAGGUCCAAAUGUAUUGAGAGGGUCUCCUAUGAACGUCUGGCAGAGUUUCCUGUCAGAAGGAGCAUCAAUUCCCACCUCCCAACAGAACUUCCAUAACGUUCCUGGGAAGGUGGGGGGACAUAGAGUCCAAGUGGGCCAUGUUCCGUGCCUCAAGCUUUGGCCGCAGGGUCAUCUAUGUCUGUUGUGACCACAACCCCCGAACGUUUGGGAUGCCGUUAAGCUGAACAAACAGUCCUAUCAGGUCUUUUAGCCUGUGGGACUUCAGAGGCAGCUGGUUCUGGUAGUCAAAGCGGAAUACAACUCGGUCACAAGGCAAAGCCUCGGGUGUGGGGGGAGUUUGGCGACAUCAUGAAACAAGACUUAUGCACGGCUUUGAGGAGUUACCGGUCCACCAUCCCGCAACUCAGGAAGGGAAAGCAGUGCACUGCCAACACUGUUUAUAUUGGGGACAGUGUGCUGCUGACCUUAAAUCGAGAUGUUGUGGAUUGGUGAGUGGAGUACUUUGAAGACCUCAUUCCUACCGGCUCGCCUUCCAGUGAGGAAACAGAUUCUGGAGAUUUUGGGUUGGGCUCUCCAAUCUCUGGGGCUGAGGUCACUGAGGUGGUCAAAAAGCUCCUCGGUGGAAAGGCUCAGAGGGUGGAUAAGAUCCGCCCAGAGUUCCUUAAGGCUCUGGAUGUUAUAGGGCUGUAUUGGCUGUUGCGGCUCUGCUAUAUUGCAUGGACCUCGGGGGCAGUUCCACUUGAUUGUCAGACUGGGGUAGUGGUAGGGGGACUGCAGGAUGUGUUCCAACUAUGGGAGAUCACACUCAUGAGCCUCUCUGCCAAGGUCUAUUCAAGGGUUCUGGAGAGGAGGGUUUGUCGGAUAGUCGAACCUUGGAUUUAGGAGGAGCAAUGUGGUGAAGCAGCUGGGAUGAGAAUCAGCUCCUCUAAAUCCGAGACCAUGGUCAUGAGUUGGAAAAAGGUAGAAUACCUUCUCUGGGUCAGGGAUAAGGACCUUCCCCAAUUGGAGGUUUAAGUAUCUCGGGGUCUUGUUCACGAGUGAGGGAAAGAUGGAGCAUGAAAGCGAUAAGCGGAUUGUGCGGCAUCUGCAGUGUUAGGACAUUGUCUUGGUGAAAAGAGAGCUGAGCCAGAAGAUGAAGCUCUCGAUUUACUAGUCGAUCUACAUUCCUAACUUCACCUAUGGUCACGAACUUUGGGUAGUGACCGAAAGAAUGAGAUUGCGGAUACAAUUGGCCGAAAUGAGCAGUGUUUUAUUAUUGGACUUUUGUGCUCGUCCCAUAGAGAUGGGGAGAGAAGGUCGAGGGGCUCGAAAUAGAUUUGCUGCUCCUGCACAUCAACAGGAGCCAGUUGAGGUGGCUCUGGCAACUGAUAAAGAUGCCUCCUGAAUACCUCCUUGUGAGAUUUUCCAGGCACAUCCAAUCGGGAGGAGACCUAAAAGUAGACCAAGGACACGCUGGAGGGACUGUCUUCUGACUGGCCAGGGAAAGCCUUGGGAUUCCCCCAGAAAGUGGCAGGGGGGUGUGAAGUCUGGGCCUUUCGGUUCAGGCUGCUGUCCCCGCGACCUGACUCUAGAUAAGCGGAAGAAAAUGGAUGGAUGGAUGGACUAAAUACAUAUAUGUUUUGUGUAAAAAGGUGCCACUUAAAAAAUGUCAGUGCUGCUAUAUUUGUUGUUUUAGGAAAACAAUUUGAACAGUUUGGUUUUAUGUAAAGCUGUCUUUACAGUUUAAUUUCUUUUUUUAAUUUUUGGUUUAUUAAAACGUUCUCCCUUGAUUUAA